CGGGAGCAGAGGGCCAAAACGGCGAGGGAAUCAAUGGGUCUACGCGAUUUCGUGACGUUCCAUUGGAAGGCCGAACCUGAUGAGCCUGGCUCGACGUUGGCGGAUGUUAACAAAAAGGGUCUUCGAGGCGGUACUACCACGUACGAUAAUGAUGAGAAGAGCAUGAAUUUGAAGACUGGUGCUGAUACUAUAUUACCAGGCAUGCAUGUGACAUGACACUCGACAUUGACCUCAAAUACAUCAUCUGUAACCCGAUGAAUGCAUUUAAUGCCUCAUACUACAACCCAGAUGCUUCGGAUCAAUCGGCAUCUCUGCGCACACAACUCCAUCUGGCCACGGUACUGGUCCAUGAAUUGACGCACGCUUGGUUUGAAAACGUCACGUCAGAGCACGGACAGAUAUAUGUAUUUCGUAACGACGACAGAAUCGGAGAAGAAGGAUAUGCAGUGGAGACAGUCAUUAGCAACGGUGUAAUACUGGAUGAACUUGCGGCAAACGUAAGCGUGUACACGAUGCCAUUUGGCAUGUCGGCUAAGCGAUGGCCUGGAAUUCACAAGGAUGGCAGUGGAACCACAAAAGCCACUGCAUCGAAAUAUGGACUGAAGUUCAAUACUGAAUAUGCAGUUCCCAUGACAUACGUACUUCAAUUCUUCCAGUCGUCCUUCUGGGACCAACGCACAAUUCGAUUUGGCUCAGGCGCUCUGAACAACUUUAGAUCUGUUGGCGUGCGAAUGACGGUGGAUGAGGUGUACGAUGAAUCGGAAAGCCCGGCGGUCAAAAAGAAGUACGAUUCGUCCGGUGUUUGGAAAGAUGAGCCCGAGAUUGAUCCUGAUGUCACCUUCCCAGACGAGGAUGAAGGGAUUAUCUACAUAGACAAGAUCUUGGAUCUCCUUGGUCAGCCGAUCAAAGAUGAGAUGGACGAAGACGAUGAAUACGACGAAGACGAGGAGAUGACCUGAUGGAGUUACGUUGUGAAGAGCUGAUAGGUUAGAUGCAAUGAAUAUUGUGUCCGGCUGAUCGACGUGUGCAG